AUGUUUCAGGAUGACCUCUUUGGUGUGGCUUUCCUUGGCUCACAUGCAGUGGCCCAACCCUCACAGCCAUUCAAAGUUCAAGUUCUCCCAGUCCCAGUGACGCCACCGAUGCCCAUGUCUGCCUCUCUACGUGCUGCACGCACAGUUCUAUGUAAUUCAAUUGAAUUCUUUCCCCCCUUACAAAUGCUUUAUUUAUUUGAUGUACAGUCAACUUGGUAAAAUGGAAAUGACUCACUCUCUCUCUCUCUCUCUCUCUCUCUCUCUCUCUCUCUCUCUCUCUCUCUCUCUCUCUCUCUCUCUCUCUCUCUCUCUCUCUCAGUCCCAGUCCCAGUCCCAGUGACGCCACCGAUGCCCAUGUCUGCCUCUCCACGUGCUGCACGCACAGGUCCAGUCAAGGCAGGCGGCCUACUUUUUGUCCUGGACCAUUCCCGGUGGACACAGCCAAUGAGGGAUGCCAUCGAUGGCCUUCUGGCAAAGCACCAUGGCCAGAAAGACCUCCUCACCAAGGUGGAUGCAGAGUAUGCUGCCCUUGUGCUUGCUGCCUCCAGAGAUCCGAACAACUUGUUACAUCCGACCACCAAACAGCACAUCUCACGGUAUGUGAAACACCAGGCCAAACUGAUGAACAGAAGUUCGUGUCUGAAUACCAGUCCAGAGAAACUCCUUGAGACACAAGAGCUGUGGCAUCAUCUCACAGAGGGUAGUGAAACUGUUUGCGUCCCGGUGGUAACCCUCCCACCUGCACCUGUGAAUCCGCCCAGCAGUAAGUCGCAAGAGCCCUCUCUCACAAAGGCUGAAAUUGAAAACCUGGUCAAAGAGCUUGUGCAAAAGCAGCAGCAGCAGCAGCAGCAACAACAACAGCAGCCUGUGCCAAAAAAAAUUAGGAACUGUCUUGCAUGUGGCCAGCCUAAGUCCCGUUACCUUGGCGAUGGCUCCUCCAUUCACUUCUUUUACCAGGCAGGAAAGGUUAAGUACUUUUACUGCUCUACAAAGAUGCAUCGGACCUAUGUAGCAGAAGGCCUUACUGAUCCCCGCAUGGAAUUUCUUGACUUUGCUGCCACACCUUUUUUCAAGAGAGAGCUGGAGGCAGCAAAGCAGCGGUCUGCUGAGUCCAGGCAGGUAACAGAAGAGCGGGGAAAGAGAAAGGCCAUGGAGCAGCUUCCCACUGGUCGCCUGUCUAGGUUCUGCCACAAACCUAUAAAACAAGGCCCAGGCGGUCGGCAUACACACACUGGGUUCCCUGGUGUGACCGGGAAAUACGUGUACUGUCCUUCAAAAGUUUUUCACCUGUAUCAGUCAGAGGGGAUGACUUCGGAGAUGUCUUGGGAGGAGUUCUGUCAGUCUCCCUUUUAUGAGACUGAAAAGAAGAGGUGGGUGGCAGAAAAGGGAAGGUGAUCGGCCCGUUUGGAACACUUUUAGUUAUUCAAUUUGGUUAAUCUUUUAUUUAUUUUUUUAUUUGGUUCUGGGUAUUUUCUGAUCAGAUGCUGGAAAUGCACUACUUUAAAGGUCUACCUUAAUUUACUUAGUUAAUUUCUGUCAUUUUUGUUAAUCAUUUAUUUCAUUUUAUCUUAGCUAUUUAAAUUACGCUGUUUACUUGUGUGUGUGUGUGUGUGUGUGUGUGUGUGUGUGUGUGUGUGUGUGUGUGUGUGUGUGUGUGUGUGUGUGUGUGUGAUAUGUGCUAUGUGCUUAUUUUGAAAUAAAACAAGUUUAAUACAACCCUUGAAACUUGACUCUUGGUGUAUUUAUUAGUUAAUUAUAUUAAUUAUUCAAUUAU